AUGUGCGAUAACGGAGACCCCGAGGACAAGCCCCCCGCCCCUCCGGUGCGGUCAGGAAGCACCAUUUUUGGUACCGGUGCCGGCAAAGACUCGUUCUCGGCCAACCACAAACCGCUGCCGUCUGUGCCCGAAGAAAGGAAACAGCGGAAAGGCAUCAUGUCCAUCCUGUCGGGGGCCGAAAAAGGUAGGAAAAAAGAUAGAGACAAAGAGCGACCGGAGAUCUCGCCGCCCUCUGAUUUCGAGCACACCAUACACGUCGGGUUUGAUGCCGUUACGGGGGAGUUCACGGGCAUGCCAGAGCAAUGGGCUCGACUGCUGCAGACCUCAAACAUCACCAAGUCGGAGCAGAAGAAAAACCCACAGGCUGUUCUUGACGCCCUUAAGUUUUACGACUCUACGGGCAACGGCCGCCAGAAGUACCUCAGCUUCUCGUCCUCUGAAAAAGAGGCCUUCCCUGCAGGACCUCAGUCUCCUGUGAAAAAAAGCUCCGAACCCUCAUCUCCGAACAUCAAAGACAUUGACGACGACGACGACGAUGAAAUUCCGCCCCCUAUCGUGGCUCCAAGACCAGAACAUACAAAGAGUAUGUACACCCGCUCUGUAAUUGACCCCAUUCCUGCUCCAAGUACGUGUCCAGAUGGGGAUGCUGCCUCUAAGUCUGCAGACAGACCGAAAAGGAAGACCAAGAUGACGGACGAGGAGAUCAUGGACAAACUGAGAACCAUAGUAAGCAUCGGAGAUCCCAAGAAGAAGUACACAAGAUAUGAAAAAAUUGGCCAGGGGGCAUCAGGAACAGUAUUCACCGCCAUUGAUGUCGCAACAGGACAGGAGGUGGCCAUCAAACAGAUCAAUCUACAGAAGCAACCCAAAAAGGAGCUAAUCAUCAACGAGAUUUUGGUGAUGAAGGAGCUGAAGAACCCCAAUAUUGUCAACUUCCUGGACAGCUUCCUGAUGGGGGAGGAGCUGUUUGUGGUGAUGGAGUAUCUGGCUGGCGGGUCGCUGACGGACGUCGUCACAGAAACCUGCAUGGACGAGCCUCAGAUAGCUGCCGUCUGCAGAGAGUGUUUACAAGCUUUGGAUUUCCUACACGCUAACCAAGUCAUUCAUAGAGAUAUCAAAAGUGAUAACGUGUUGCUGGGGAUGGAUGGUUCUGUAAAGCUGACCGAUUUCGGCUUCUGUGCCCAGAUCACUCCUGAGCAGAGCAAGCGCAGCACUAUGGUGGGCACGCCCUACUGGAUGGCCCCCGAAGUGGUGACCCGAAAGGCUUAUGGGCCAAAAGUAGACAUUUGGUCACUUGGUAUCAUGGCCAUUGAGAUGGUUGAAGGCGAGCCCCCCUACCUGAACGAGAACCCACUACGAGCAUUAUAUCUGAUUGCCACAAACGGCACACCCGAGCUCCAGAAUCCAGAGAAGCUGUCUCCGGUUUUCAGAGACUUCCUGAACCGCUGUCUGGAAAUGGAUGUAGAGAAGAGAGGCGGAGGCAAAGAGCUCUUACAGCAUCCGUUCCUGAAGCUGGCGAAGCCGCUCUCCAGUCUCACGCCUCUCAUCCUGGCAGCCAAGGACGCCAUGAAGGGCACUCGUUAACGGACGAAGCCCAGCCGACCCCCUCCUGCCUUACUUAUGCUGUGCACAGAUAAUGUGCCAACCGUUUAGAUUUCGUGCCAGACAAUAGGCUGAGAGUGACUUGCCAGCCUUGAUGCACCAGCCUUGUAAGCCCUGACGAACCUCACUGUGAAGACCAAAACCGGGAGCACAACCCCCUCCCCACCGCUGUCAGCACGAACUCUUACCGUCAAAUGACAAGUCAAACUAAAGUGCUUAGUUACAGAGUCAGGCGUAGUUCAUUUUUGUACAUCAAAACUGGUGACAUGUUAAAACUAGGCUUGUAUUUAACUUGGAAUGAAGAAGGCGCCUAGUUUAGUUUGUUUUUUUUGUUGUUGUUUUUUUUAAUCAACUGCCUUAAACAAAUGCAAAAUGUUGCCUAAUGUAUUGUUGAUUGUGUCCGUCUUGUGUUUCCCAUGAUUUUUACUACCUUUAUAAUUGACAUUUUCAGCCUGUCAGUAUCGUAGUUAUUUUGAUACUUGAAUUUCAUGUUCGUCCCCCGCCGGUCCACUCCCGUCUCCUGGUCCAUAUCGUCUCAUUCAGUGGAAGUUCUGUUUCCCAGUAGACCCAUGUCGUGUGGAGAUUUCUCGUCUCGGUUUUAUAGGAAACGUUUCAGUGCAUUAUUCAUCAUGACCAUGUGCUGUGAUUGUGAUGUUCUUUAGCUGACAGAUCUACUGUACCAGUUCCUCCCCCCUGCAUCUGUAGUGUCCUGAUGGCAGAGGCACACCUUGCAGGCAUUUAAAUGUUAGAUUGACAGGGUUUAUACUUUAUUCUCUGUUGCUAUUAAAAUGAGUAUCGUAUGUUGAACUCUGUCCUUUGUGUUCUUCCAGACUAAACAAGUGGACUUUUCUCACACAAGGGUUGUGUAUUUUUUGUGUAGCUGGAGAACCAGUUACCAAAUGCUAAUUAGAUUUUUUUUUUUUAAACUGCAGACAAUAAACUAUUUGUUUAGUCUUUGUCAACACACACAAAUAAAUACAACUGGUUUUAAUAU